AAGAAGAAAAGAUUAAAGCCUGGCCUCUCUCGAUUUGGUCCCCUAGGCAAAGAAUUUGCGGCACGGCUUUCCCCUUCUUCCAUGGCGACCCCAGGGGCGGCGGCGGCGGCGCGAGAGAUGAGUUCGUCCCCGAAGAACAAGAGGCCCAUGGAGGCCGACCCGUCCAGCAGAGAGGAGCAAGUCCAAGCGAAGAGGGGGGGUCCGAGGCGGGAGGAGGCGCCUGCACUGCUCCCCAUGCCCGCCGGCAGCGCUAGGUUCGUCAAUUAUUCCAAGUGGAUCAACGCCAAGGCAGAGAGAAAAAGACGUGAAGCAGAAUUAGGGUUAACUCCCCCCGUGGAAGAAGCACAAGUUCCUCCUACGCUCGAGGAUUUUGAACCUCCCACUACUUUUCACAAGAAACGGCUUCUCCACGUCCGUGAAUCUGGAACCAUGGCGGUGCUCACGGCUGCUAAGUCUCUUCUUGGGGUCUCAUCGUCUGUCGGUGGCAAACCUCUAAAACGGUGCUCCGGUUUUUGGAUUGAUUGGGAUGAGGAGAGCAAAACCGGUACAGUUUUAACAACUGCACAUCUGAUUCGCACAAAGGAAGCUCCUACCAACAUCUGGUCAGGCGGAGAAGAGUAUGAUCCCCAUGCUAAUGUUACUGUUCAUUUGCUAGACGGCACCAGUGCAGAGGGCCAGUUGCUGUACCACCAGCCACAUUACGAUGUUGCUUUUGUGAGGGUCAGAGUGGAUAAACCUGUUCAGUUACCAUCUUUCAAUGAAGAAGUGAAAUUGGUUCAAGACGUCUUUCGGCUAGGAAGAGACAAUAUGUUAGAUCUAAGGAUAACAUAUGGUAGGGCUGUAUCUGAGAAUCCAGACACGUGCCAGCGGUAUCACGACAUGUGCUUUCACUGUGCAGGUGUUCCAAACAAUGAGGAGAAGUAUGACGGAGGAGGGCCAGUCAUUGACUUGGAAGGAAAAGUUGUGGGAAUGUCCAAUGUUCGUUGCACAAGGACUUUUAUACCUUCUUCUAUUUUGCUCAAGUGUCUGGAUUUAUGGAAGAAAUAUGAGUAUAAGUACAUCCCCCGGCCUCACCUGGGGAUGACGUUUGAGGCCAUCAAGCUUCUUGAGCCUGCUCAUGUGGACAAGAUAUGGCGUAUGUAUAACAUUGAUAACGGUCUUGUUGUUCAAAAGGUGUCAAAAGGAUCCCAUGCUGAGAAAUUUGGAAUCCAGAUAGGUGAUAUUAUUGAAUGCUGCAAUGGAGAAAGCGUUUCUACUACAGUUAAGUUGGAAAAUAUGUUGAUGAGCAUAUGCAAGGGCUCCUCAGACAAUUUAAAUGGCCUUAAUGUUGAAGUUAAUGUUUCUGUUGAGGUGUUUCACACGCUAAAAAAACUGCGAACGGUCGGAGAGUUGGCUGCAGAUGUAUCAGAUCAUGGAGAAGUUAUUAUUGCAUGAGGUCUUGUUGUCUGUUGAACCGGUGUCGUAAAAGGAAUGCCAGUCGACUGGAUGGGCCUCUUUUUUUUUUCUCCUUGCGUUUUUUAUUGUGAACGUACUGUACAUAGUAGUAAUGUAGAUUCUAUGGCACUUGUUUUGGACCAUACCAGUAGAUCUUAUAUCGAAAUAAUGUUUGUACAUUGGUCUCAAGAAGCGUUUUGAUAUCGUUGGGCAUUGGGGCUUAUAAACCAGUGUAUUGUGCCUUGGCAUCAAUAUGCUCUGUAUUAAUUUUACAAAGACAAUGCGGACUUGUCGUUCUUGUUCAAUAAGAAUACGUGUUAGUAAGUUAAAUUGGCA